AUGUCUACUCCUGACGACCUACCAUGGCCAGAACUAGGCAAUGUUUCUCGUGGAGCCACUCGAGGCAAUCAGGGUCAGAAGGGCGUCCUUGGCCCAGCAGACAGAGAGGGUCGAUGCAUCUUGCAACUUCGAGUACAACCUGGGGUAUUGGCGGUACGAUUAAACCGUCUGGCGAGCGAUUGGUAUCGUACGCUUGACAACGAGGUUAACCGCGCACUCAAGUUGACGAAAACGUUUUGGAGGAAGGCCCGCAGACGACAGGAUUACGACGCUCGCGCAGAUCAGGACCAUAUGGAAUUACAUGAGUGGCUUCAGCAGUUGAAGGACAAGACUAUGGCGCAUCUCGAGCUCCUCAUGCAGAAAGGGGAUAUCCAGGGACCACCAUACGCCAUGCCCGACGAUAUCGAGCUCACAUUCCUUCGAAAAUUUAUUGAGCGUCAGGCAGCUGGCAUUCCACACAAUCCUCGCUUACGAAAUUCAGAAAACGGACAAUUUAUCUACACUCAGCGUGAACAGGAGUCCUUCUCACCUGAGCCUCCCGAUCAAGGCUUCGUCGAUCAAAAUCAUCGGGGUAUGGUUAACUCUGACCUUAUCUCGGACGACUCUCACCUUUCUCGAAUGUCCGACUCUCCAUCAUUAUUCAGCCCAGAAGCUCUAGCCGCUGAAGCUAGUUCAUCGAAACAGACUCUUCAAGCUUCCCGCAUGUCCCUUCUAAGAGCCCAAAAAGACACACAGGACGCUUUCAUGAGAUACACGUCUUGCCUCGACAUCGAAAGACAGGCAAGGAAGGCGGUGGGGGCAGCCGAAAAACGUCGCGAUGACAUCAUGACAGUUUUGCUCGCCAGAAGUCAAAUGUCUAACGGGACGACGUCAAGAAAAUCCUCCGUUUCAGGGGAUGACCAUCAUAGUCCGGGGAGGUAUCCGAUAGAGGAUCUUAGACACCAAACGGUUGACCCAUUCAUGAACUCCCGAGUGACACAAAAGCCAAUGGAUUGGCCAACAGCGGAUGAUCAAAGUCUCUAUACCAGCGACACCGUACAUCUGGAGGACGCAAGGAACAGAAAGCAUUCACGGACGUGGGAUCAGGCAGGACAAAGCUUACAAGAUCCGUAUGCUUGUGAGGUAGCCAGGAUGCCUUCGCAUAUUUCCAAUGCAUACCGAACUAAUAUUCCGGAUGACAGGACAUGUCAGGUCUUCCUCCGAGGAAGCGUCUUCAUCAGAUGA